AUGGCAAACAACAAUUUAGUUUCCUUUCAAGUACCUCGACUUAUGAAAGAAAAUUAUAGCAGUUGGCGUAUUCGAAUGAAAGCUCUACUUGGUUCACAAGAUGUGUGGGACAUUGUUAAUAAUGGUUAUGAAGAACCAGAAAGUGAUGUGGCUUUAAGUCAAGCUCAACGAGAAGCUUUACAAAAUACAAGGAAAAAAGAUCAAAAGGCUCUCACCAUCAUUCAUCAAGCCAUUGAUGAUUCCAAUUUUGAGAAAAUUUCUAGAGCAACUACUACACAUCAAGCAUGGAAAUUUUUGAAGAAUACGGAUAAAAGAGUAGAUCGAGUCAAGAAGGUUCGUCUUCAAACAUUGACAGGUGAUUAUGAAUCACUGCAUAUGAAGGAGUUUGAAUCAAUUUCAGAUUAUACUUCAAGAUUGCUAGUAGUAGUAAAUGAAAAGAAAAGAUAUGGUGAGACAAUAAGUGAUGAGCAAGUGGUAGAAAAGAUACUUCACUCAUUAGAUGAAAGAUUCAAUUUCAUCGUUGUAGCUAUUGAAGAAUCGAAGGAUUUGAGUACAAUGGAUGGGUUCUUUACAAGCCCAUGA